AUGUGGGCAUCGUGGGGAUCAUUGGCCCCUGCCGCACCGGAGCUGAGCGCCCGCACGUACGCGGCCGCGUCGUCAUCGCCAUCGCUGUCCACAUCCUCUGCGGCGAUCGCGGCGUCCCCGCAGUGGCGGCUGAUCUCGGCUAUCUCGCAGAAGGCUUCUCGCCAACUCGCAAAGUACCCAGCGCAGUACAUCUACGCCUCUGCAGCGGCGGCGUUCGUGCUCACCGUCACGACCACUCUUCUAGCGCGUCACCUCGUACACCGUCGCGAGGACCGCGUGAGGGACGGGCGCCGGAUCUCUGCCGCAUCGGUGCUGCUACAUGACGCGGCGACAGGCAGUGGCUGUGCGGCCGGCAAGUUAGGGUGUGUGGAGAGAGCGAAGGCUGCCCCGGCGCGGCGUAGGGCUGAGGACGGUGACGACGACAUCGAGUUCGCCGACCCGGCCGAGAGCGCCUUCUUCUCCUACGUGCGCCGAGUCCAAAAGCAAAAGGAGGCGCCCCUCUUGGCCGCACUCACCGACCUUGAGACGGCGGCCGCAGAGCUGGCGGAGGUGCGGCGGAGGCAUGCUCAUCACGACAGCUUCGGCAGGGGCAAGGGUGAUGAAGGGUGUCAUCAUUAUUCGAGCGAUGCCCAUGGCAGCAAUAUCGAUAGUGGAGGAAACCGCAAGGAUGUCGGUGACAGUGGCGCCGUGGCUGAGGCGCAGGCAAAGGUGCACCGUCUCGCUGUUGUCGCGGAUGAGCUCCUGACGCAGUGGAUCUGCAGCCUGGAUGGCGUGCCGGUGCGCCAGAGUGAAGCGCUCAAGCAGCGACGAAAGGCGCUGGUACAGGAGGCAGCCGCCCUGACGCGGCGUAUCUUGCCGCAUCUUCCGGAUAUCGGGAUGUAG